AUGGAAAAUCGAUGCUAUAACAGGGAAUUAUUCGAUUCAGUGCGACAAAACGACUUGUCAAGACUUGAAAAUCUGCUUGACAGCAACGUGGACGUAAACUCCAAAGAUAUUUUCGGCCGUACACCAUUAUUUUACGCUGCUGAAAACAAUAGCCAACAAAUUGUGGAAUUGUUAUUAAAAUCAGGCGCUGAUAAGACUAUAAAGGAUCGCUACGGUUCAAAUGUGUUACAUUUCACCGCCAGUUUCCUAAUACCACAACUUGCCGUAAACUUUUUGGACAUAUCUUUGGACUUGGACAAGAAGAACAGAAUUCCAUUGUAUUAUGCAACUUUAGGAGACAAUUUGGAGUUGAUUAAAUGGUUCGUGGACAACAACAAGGCGAAUUUAGGCCACCUAAACAAAGAGAGGCAAAGUAUACUUCACGUUGCAGCUGAGAAGGGCAGCUUAGAAGCUCUAAACUUGCUGAAAACUUCUUCAGACUUCAACGUCGACCAACCGGAUUGUUUAGGUAACACGCCGUUAUUCUCAUCGUUGAAAAACCCCAACAAUUUGAUUACCAGUUGGUUUUUGUUGAAUGGUGCUGACGUUAAUCACAAGAACGAGAAUGAAUGUACAUUUCUGCAUUUUUUGGCACAAUAUUCCACCCCGGAUGUGGCUGCAAACCUUCUGGAAAGAACUAAAAUUGACCUAAACUGUACUGAAAGUUUAUACAAUUGGAGUCCAUUGUUUUUUGCAGUGCACGGCCAAAAUAUUCCUAUGAUUAGGUAUUUAGUUGAGUCAGGAGCAAAUUUACACCAAAAAGAUAAACACAAUUGUAAUCUGUUGCAUGUUUGUAACAGCGUACAAGUUGCACAAGCUUUAUUGGAUCUAGGAUUAACAGAUGUUAACGCACAAGACGACGAGGACUGGACCCCGUUAUUUUAUGCAGUGUCUAACAACAAUUUUGAAUUGGUGAAGCUGUUUUUGGCCCAGGGUUCCAGCGUGACCCACAAGAAACGCAAUGGCAGAACCAUAACUCACAUAGCUGCUGCUUUAUCUUCGCCAACAAUUUUACAACAUCUCAUACAAAACGGAGCACCCGGCUUAGAAGUGACGGAUGAAAACAGUGACACACCCUUGUAUCUCGCAAUUCUGGGCAAUAACUUGGAGAACUUCCAGUGGCUGCUAGAGAAAGGAGCAAACGUUAACCAGUUAGCUUUCUACGGUAAUUUGUUGCACUGUUGUGCCGAAAGAGGUAACGCCAGUUUUGCUGAGCUGAUUUUACAACACACCCAGUUUAAUAUAGACUGUCGCAAUUCUAAAGGAGUUCCUCCCCUGUUCUUCGCCGUGGACAACUAUGAAAUGUUACUGUGGCUUCUGGAGCACGGCGCUGAUGUUAAUUUAACUGAUUGUUUCGGCAGGAAUGUUUUACAUUACGUUGCUUGCUUAAGCACCCCUAAAAUUUACGACUUGUUAUCCACAAAAUGUGAGGCCGCACUCGACGAUUAUGACAACUCAGGUUGUACUCCUUUAUUCUACGCCAUUUGGAACAACAAUUUAGCCAUGAUAGAACACUUAAAAGGAAAAGGAGCUAAUGUUUAUCAUAUGAAUUCAGAAAAGACAAAUAUUUUACACCAUUUAGCUUUGGAAGGCUCAGUUGAAGCAGCCGAAGCUGCUUUCGACACAACCCCCAACGUUGAAGCUUUAGAUUGUGACGGAAAUUCACCUCUGUUCCUCGCUUUAAAAGGGCACAACGUGAAAAUGUUCCAGUGGCUUUUGGAGAAAGGUGCGGACGUCAAACAGCUAGACAAAUAUAAAAUAGAAAUUAAAGAAACUUCUUGCGAAGAAAAAUUCUUUUUCACCGACAUAAAUACCGUAAAGAAUGACGAAAUAAACAAUUAAUACAAAAAAGGAGUUUAUUAAAAACAAUGAAUAUAACAAGAGAUUAUCAUUUUUUUAACAACUGGUACAAUAAAUGAGUUUACGCACGAAAAAUGAGAAUAUCACAUUCAUUAAGUCUAUAAAAUUGAAAUUGGUCUCCGAAAUUACUUAAAAACUACAAACAUGAAACUGUUUUAAGUACCACAUCCAUAAAAUUCAAAUUCAAUUCAUUUUACAUAAUUAAAAUAAAUUGAAUUUUGUGAUGUCAAUUGAUUUGACUAGCAAGAAUUAAAAUUAAGAGCACCACAGAAUAUUUACAGAUCAAAACAGCCCUGAAUACAAUACAAGGACUAAUAAAAAUAUAUAUAUAGAUAUGUAAAUUCAUAGAAAAUAGGGAUACAAUUAUUAUUAUUAUUAUAUACAUAAUGUUUUUUCAUAAUAUUUAAAAUAGAGUUGCAUAAUAGUUAUUACUGGUUUGUAUAUUAUUUUUUUUUAAAUAAAUGUAUGAAGUAGAAA